CUCACCACGCGUUGAAGGAAAUGCGGUUAUAUAAAUUUUACACACAUCGUGUGUUGCUGCUAACGUAUCGGAGGGAGCCACGAGCUCUUCCCAUACAGGAGAUACAUAGAUUGGAAUUCCGAUUUCGUUUCAGCAAGUUUCUGUGAUAGUUUCAGCACUACAGGGUCAUUCACUGGUACAACUUUCGGCAGUGAUGAUUUACCGCCAACUUUCCGUGAUUUUCUCGGCACUAACGAGCCAUUGACUACCCAUUUAGACUUUGUGGUUUUAGUUAUUUCGCCUCGGCACUAACUGAGCACCUGACGAUGGAAAGCUGAAUCAACUUAUAGCCAAGCAAGCCACAUCUUACUUCUCCAUGCCAAUCAUCAUCCAGUUGCCAGUAUAGGUGAAAUGCUGCCUACCAAGUGACCUAUAAAUCAAGAUGGUUCCUGUUCCUGUACUAGUCUUAGCCAUAGUGGAGCAGUCAAAGUCUAUCCGUGCGAUCAUAACUCAGUUAUAUGUGUGAGUGCUGACCUGGAAAUAACUCAAAUGACUUCUGGAAUCUAGUUAUUAUGGAAUUUACAAAACAUAUGGACAUAUAGAAUCGCAAUAUAACAUGAUAAAUCAUACGACAUAAUGGAGUACGGUGGAGCCUAAUUUCAGUGUACGGUGGAUCAUUACUGUGAAGUACAGUGGGACACUAGUAUGGAGUACAGCGAGGUCGAAUUUUGAAGUAGAUAUUACAAAAAGAAUGUGGAGGACGGUAAAACAUAAUUAAAGAGCACAGUGGAUCAUUACUGUGAUACUUGUGGAGUACGGUGGGAAAUACUUGUGGAGUAUAUUGUAACACACUCCUGUAAUAUAGUUAUCUUUCCCUUCACUAUGUCGAUGUCCGAAGUUUCUAUUGAGGAUAUCGAACGGCUGUACACUUUCCAGAAGUGGGCGGUACCAGUGGUGGUAGCGUUCGGCCUGCCCCUCAACAUGCUCAGCUUCUACUUGUUCUGGCGAACCAAACUACGCAAGGCGUCGUCCUCGCGGUACAUGGCGGCCAUAGCGAUGGCGGAUAGCGGCUACCUGUUUAGUAAGAUGCUCACGCAUCUGCCGGUAUUCGACGUUCCUGUUUACCACAUUCACGGAUCCUGUCAGAUAAUCAUGUAUAUAAACCACGUGUCUACGUUUCUGGCUAUCUGGUUCCUCGCAGCUCUUGUCAUAGAGAAGAGUAUAGGCCUGUACUGGCCGCGCAAAAAGUCGAAUUUUUGUACUGUGUUUCGCGCCAAAUGUGUGAUAGCCGCACUGACCGUGAUGUCGAUUGUCUGUUAUCACUACAUCACGUGGACAAUCGGACCCAGUGCAGACAAGUUGUACUGUUCGCCUUGGCCUGAUAAUAAUCUUUUGCAACCGUUUGAAAAACUCGCCCGAAUGGACGCUUUCCUCGUGGCCGUUAUACCACACGCGACAAUUUUUGUUUUGUCGUGCCUUAUAUCGAUAAAAGCGUGUAUAUAUUACAGCCGGUCCAAGUCACCGGAACAAGAACAAUUUGUCCGGCGUCAGCGGACAUGUCUACCCCAGGAAAAGGAGUUCCGGACGACACCGUCCCUCCUGUGCGUGGCAUUCACCACCGUGUUGCUUGACGUGCCCAAUUGCAUCAUUCGGGUCUUUUUCAUUAUGCACCCCAUCUACAACCCCGUCGCCUCAUUCCUGCAGUUCGUCACAUACUCCAUCAAGACGGAGCUGUACUUUAUCUCUUCCUCUCAGUACCGUUUGGAGGUAUGGCGUCUCAUUGCUAGAAUAGCCCGCUUUUGUAAGAUAAUAGAACCCCAAAACGACACUCAAACCGUUAGCCAGCAAACGGACAAUGGUGGCGAAAUUAUUGUGGAAGGGAAAGUUUAGACCAAAGGUUCCUUGCGACGUUAUAUGUCAAAUGAUGUACGUAACAUAUUGACAUUUAUAGACCGAAGGUGACAAACCACGUGUUAAACCUUUGAUUUGUUUCCACGUGGUGUGGUUAAUAUUAUAGCGUCACGUGUUAAAUCCAGAUAUAUAACAUGUCACCGGUUGCAGGGUUGCGACGGUUUUUUCCGGAAACAAUGUGUUACGUGAUAAUAAUGAUAUGGCAAUGUUAUAUACUCACAGACAUAUCAGGAGUUAUAAUUACAUAGUGACGUCAUACCUUUUACUGUGUUAGUUAUGUAUCAUUUAAUGAGGUAUUAUAAACAAAAAAUGACGUGUCAUCAAGUUUUACGAUAUAAGUGACGAAACAGAAAUAUAUGCAGGGAGAGACAAGUCAUACGUUACUGAGUCUCGAGCAAAGUGUCAUAACUUGAGCUUGACGUAUCAUUGGGUAAAAUGCAGGUGGUGACGAAUCUUUUAGGACGAAGUGUAAUGAAAAAUAAAACCAGGAUGCGACACGUGUUGGGGUGUUAUGAGAAAAUGACAUGUGCACCAAUUGUUAUCUGGAUGUGAAACGUGUCACCGUGUGUCAAAUGUAAGUGUAGAGAGUAUAUACAAUAUCUUAGUUUAUGGGCUCGGUAAACAACGGCAUGUAAUUGAAAGCGAUGAGUUCCAUUGCCUUGAAUGCAAAACAAGUAUUAGCUCACUGUAUUGACCUUGAUGAAUUAAAGUACUAAU